GUGGACUGCAUCUACUGCUGCUUGUGUUGUUGUUUGGAAACACCAAAUAAGGAAGAAUAAAAAGGCUGAUAACUAUUAGGACUUUUUAACCCAAAUGAAUGUUAGUUUCUUAGUGUGCGAUUAUUUGCUCUAGCAAAUUGUAUGGUGAACGAAUCCAGGCCUCUGAAAUCACAUGCUUCAUCAUUUUGUAUAUCAUCUCCACAAACACUAGAUAAAAUGGUUUUUCCUAUUUGUUUAUAUAUGCUGUUUGUUUGUUCUUUCUUUCCCAGAUAGCUUAUGGCCGAUUCUCACCAAAUCGUGAUGGCUAUCGUGAUUUAGACAUCUUUAUUCAGCAAAAAGAUGGAAAAAAGAUAGUAGAUCCUGAGAAGCAAAGUGCAUUAUGUUCUCGCUUGAAGGUAGAAAUGCUUCAUCCUCUGCGGGUCAUCAUUGCAAACCGAGGGCCAGAUACUGAGCUUCUUGUUGCAAAUCCAGUUGAAUUAUCUGGGAAGGGAAGACCACGGGUUUUCUAUGACGUCACACUAGCUCUAAAAGCUCUCGGGAUCUGUGUGUUCUCGGCUGAAAUUGGAAGGUAUUUAUUUUCAGACCGUGAAUGGGAAGUCUACAGAUUUCUUUUGGAUGAGAAUUGCAAAUUCCAAUUAUCAAAUAUGGCUGCCAGAAAUCAGAUUGUAGACAGGGUUAGAAGAACAUUGAUGGGCUCGUGAGUUGUCACUCCUUUUACAUGGAUUCUGAGUCCUGCCACUUUGAGGUUCUCCUCCAUGUGUUUUAGGCUUCAAUGAUCUCCUGACCCAUUUGUACAUUACUAAUUCACACUUUUGCCUAAAUUCUAUGAAUCAUCCUUGUUCUGAUAAUCACACUUGUUCAGCAUGUCUUCUCAUUUCUGAUUUCCUUUGGUUUACUGAGGAAAUACUUUUUUUUUUUUUUUAAGAAAAAGGAGAAAAACCUCUUACAUAUGUACUUAAUCUGACGGAAGGCAUGAUCCAUCCAUCCA